CCAUACGAGCGUCGUUUGCGCGGUGAGCUCGGUGACGCGCACUUCUCCUCCACGGUGCCACACCCGGCGAACCGAGCGAAUAAAUAAGAGAGAAAAAAACUCCUCGGUGGUGUGUGUGUGUGUGUGUGUGUUUGUGUGUGUGUUUGUGUGUGUUUGUGUGUGGGACGUCUGGGCUCACUCCGAGCUUCUUUCACUCUCCACCGAGUGGGUGGGGGCAAAAAAGAGGAGGAGAGCAGUUAGAGAAAGUAAAAAAAAGAAAAAGGGAGAAGAAAUGCCUCUUUCCCCCAGUGUGAGCUGAAAGCCAGAUGUGGCGGGAUGUUUGGAGAGGAAUCGGUUAAUCCAAAUGCCAUUCGUCCGGAGCUGAACAACAAUGUGGAGGCAGCCACGCUGCUCGGUUAAGGAGUCGCCCAGAGGCUUCGAAGCGCUGCCGGAACGCCAGCGAGCCCUCGCCGAGGAAUUCAUGCCAGUGAGCGCCGGCUUACGGCGGUGGACGCGGCGUGGACAUCAUCAUCAUCACCAUCAGCAGCAGCAGCCACAGCAACGCGCUUUCCUGCCAUUCGUGCCGUCGAAACGCGGCGCUCGGACUUUGUCGGGCCGCCUGGAGAGUCCGCGCGAGCUCCGCUGGUGAUGAAUGGGGCACUAGACGGGGACCCAGAAACGAGAACAGCGCAGCGAGAGCGAACGCGAGCCAAGAGAAGGCAAUCGGUGCCAUUCGGAGGUGACCGUGGUCAGCGCGGUCAGCGUGGUCCGUCUGCGCGUUUGCUCGGUGGUCGGUGAGACAUGGCAGCGGCGAUAGCCAGCGGUUUGAUCCGCCAGAAGAGACAAGCGCGAGAGCAACACCUACACCGGCCCACCACCCACCGGCGGAGGAAGAGCCCCAACAAGAACAAGGGGCUGUGCAACGGAAACCUGGUCGACAUCUUCUCCAAAGUGCGGAUCUUCGGCCUCAAAAAGAGACGGCUACGGAGACAAGAUCCCCAGCUCAAGGGCAUUGUGACCAGGUUAUAUUGCAGGCAGGGAUACUACUUGCAGAUGAGCCCAGAUGGAUGUUUGGACGGGACCAAAGAUGACAGCACUAAUUCCUCAUUGUUCAACCUCAUCCCAGUGGGCCUUCGAGUCGUUGCCAUCCAGUCAGUGAAGACGGGGUUAUACAUCGCCAUGAAUGGAGAGGGACAUCUGUACACAUCGGAGCUUUUCACGGCGGAAUGCAAGUUCAAAGAAUCAGUUUUUGAGAAUUACUACGUCAUCUACUCAUCCAUGCUCUACAGACAGCAGGAGUCUGGUCGAGCCUGGUUCCUGGGUCUCAAUAAAGAGGGCCAGCCCAUGAAGGGGAACCGAGUGAAAAAGACUAAACCAGCCGCACACUUUCUUCCCAAGCCCAUAGAAGUUGCCAUGUACCGUGAGCCCUCGUUGCAUGAUGUGGGUGAAGCAGUCCCCAAGGCUGGAGUCCCUCCCAGCAAAAGCACAGAGCCGGUGGUCAUGAACGGCGGCAAGCCUGUCAGCAAGCCUGACAAGGAGACAUAGCCCUGCACCCCCACCUCCCCUCCCCUCUUGAGGGAGUCUCCACGUCCACAACUCUCAAAACAAAAAAAAACUCGCGCUCGGCUGUCUGUGGCUUUGAACCACGAGUAAUGACGACAAAGAAAAAAAACUCCCUCCUCUACCACUCUUCCCCCUAGAGUCUACCCCCUGGCACGAUUGAACUAAGGGGCGGGUGUGGCUGGAGGACAAGGCUGAAUUGCUUGGAAAGACUGCAAAGAGUGUGGAAGAGAUGGGAAAGGAGGUUGAGGAGGAGGGAGAGGAGGAGGGGUCCGCUGAAUGCUCAGCACUAACAAACUCUGUCAUUGGAAUGCCCUAUGCGAUACGGAAUGCCUUUUCAAAGCUCCCUUUUCUUUCAUUUCCCCUUUCUUUCCUGUGACAAUCCUCUGUGAGAAUGACAUAUUUUCAUCUGCCUCGUCUGGUAGCUUUUUGCCUGCUGACAGCUACCCACAAUUCUUCUGUUGGACCUUUCAUGUUACUGUUCUUUUUCUUUUUAAAAUACCACAGCACACCAGCAUUUGUCUGGAUAGAUUGUUGUACGGACACAAAUCAACUCUGUCAUUGUUGUUAUCUGUGUCUUGUUCGCCUAUGUUUUUUUUUUCCUUUUAUGUGUCCUUUCCAAUGACAUUGUAUUCUGUUAGCCAGUUUGUCCAGGACUGAGGAUUGUUGUGUGCUUUCACAUUACACAAAUUACGUCUAGAGUAGCUUGGAGAUGAGAAGAAGCUGUCCGCUGUGUCUCGCUUCCUUAGACAUGUUUACAAUGCGGCAACAUGGUAACGAUUGUUUGAAGCAGCAAAAUUAGAUAGAGGACCACCACUAUGGUUAGUUUAUCCUUUUUAAUUAUCAUUGUACUUGAAGAAUGGCUCACAGAACUGCAGAGAAAGUCGGCAAAGAUGCUACAGUUUGUAGUCGAAACCUCACAAGGACCGUCGAGAGACGUGGCAUCGAUAAUCUUGUCUUGCUAGGCAUAAAGGGUGGACGCGGCUCCUUCCCAAUUGAGCGCUAUACAUAUCACAGACACCCUUGAUUUUAUCUGCCAGUCUUGGCUCACUUACCUGACUUACAGAUUAUACAAGCCAUUUACCUCACUUUGGCAUCUGAAGUCAACAGUUACCGGCCUUUAAGGUUUUUCCCCAGUUUUGGGCUCCUUCUGAUAAAUCAGAUAAAUCAGGUCUUGUUGUAACUAAUAGGUGAAGCCCUCGACCAACGACUGCGAUUGUUUAUUGAAAUGCCCGAUGUAAAUAAACAAAAAUCGCAGUUGUCCUUAGCCAGGCCUGGAGAGGACAGCUGAAUGUAUAUUGAUGCUGUCGCGCAGGUCAUGGCCACGUUUCGAGAGUUGGACUAAAGAUAGUGUUAUUCUCUUUGCCUUUUCAUUGUAGCAGAAGAGGUGGCAAAAAAAUGGUAGCAGUUUCAACCUUAUAAAAGCAAGGGAAGGUGCGGCAUUGGCCCGCAGGUUGAUAUGAAAACUGUGUUUAUUUUUAAGAUGCUGUUUUUUACGCUAGAGUUAGCAGCAUGUCAGGACGUUUUUCAGGUUGGCUUAGAUUAUAAGUUGAUUAUUACUCCACAUAUAAAGGGAUGAUCAGUUACUGUUUAGCAUAGGGUGCUUCCUCAACGGCCUCCUUAAGGAGCAUAGUAGCAUGUUUGACUUGUUUUGAUGUUUGUUUCAUUUUGUUUUUCUCUUUGUCCACAGACGAGGUUAGAGCAUUUGUUCUUACCAUCUUAAUCCAUGUUUUUAAAAAAAGGGUAUUUAAAUAUCACUGUGCAUCAGUAAAGCUGUUUAUAGGACUUGGAGAUUUAGAGUACCUUGAAAGCAAUUCACAGUUAAAUAAUGAAACAUUUUCACCUUGCUUAUUUAACAGUUCUACGUUGUAAUCUGCCAUCUUGAGAGUUUUUUGUCAUUCUAAAAGCAAGUAUAGUAUUAUCAUAUUUAACUGUACUCCAUGUUCAAAUCGAUUGCACCAUGCUGUUCCACUGUUUUGCUGAAUUUGAGGCGUUUCAUUACAAUUGUUAUCUAUUUAGAGAUGCGAAUGCUGUCAUUAUAAUAUUAAUUGGCACACUUAAUUUCAGUGCAGAAUGAUGUUCCUGUUUAAAUUGCUAAAGAGCAACAUUAGUAAUUCAUCUGUUGGCUUUUAUGUUACUCCGUCAGCUGUUUUCUUAAUGGGAUAUCUUAGAGUGUCUAAAACAGUGAAAUAUUUUCUCCCAUUUACCAAAACGACUGAAGUGUUUUCCGUUUUAAAGCCGUUUCUUGUAUGCUCAUCCUAAAGUGUGCACAUUUCUUUCUGCUGGGCCCUCGUACUGUAUAUUUUGCCCUGCUGACCAGUGAACUGGUUCCAUAGAGGACUGGAUUUAUUUUUGUAAUAUGACUGCUAUGUAUAUGUACAAUCUUUGCUCUUCGUUUAUAUAUCCUCCUGUAAUGUUCCUCCCCCCAUUUCGUUUUCUUUUCCAUACGUAUUUACGUAUUUGUAUGUUUUCUUGUAGCCGUGGCCGUUCAUCUCACAUAGACGUUUAGGUCUCAGAGAGGACUCUGUUUUCCCUGUCUUUUCUAUGUGUCAAGACUAUUAAUGGCAGGAUGAUCUGUACUUUUUUCCCUUCUUUUUUUGUCUUUGGUUUCUUCUCUGGGGUUUCCAUACUUGGUUCAUCUACAUGUUUCAACUGUUGCAUGGUAAUAAAGGGGGAAGGCUAUUGGAGACCUGCAUGUGGUAGGCUAUGUGUAUCAAUACAAACAAGUGAUUUAAAAAAAAUGUUGGUAUGUACCGCUAAACUUUACAUACAGUACAUAUAUGCAAAAAGAGUCUGCACUGUACAGUUUAUGUCAAAUCCAUUGUAUACACAGAGAUAACAUAUUGAAUAAAUCAUUUAUAUAAA